AUGUUUGCUAAUCCAAUGAACCACGGUGGGCCUUCGCCUCAACAACAACAACAGCAGCAGCAGCACCACCACCACCACCAACAGCAGCAACACUACCAAGAGCAUGCGCAACAUCAGCAGCAUCCAGACUCCAUGGAUGGCCAAUAUCAGCACCACCAGCACCAAGCUCAGCUCGAAGCCAUGCGCAUCCUGCAGCAACAGCACAUGCUGCCCAGCAUCGUCGCUCCCAAGCAGGAAGAGCUCGGUGUCAUGCACAACCAGCCCUCCGGUCCCUGGUCCAGCGACGACUAUGAUUCCAUGAUGCGCACCAUCCUCGAUGCUACCCUGCCCUCCGACCACUUCACCGACCUUGAGGCUCCUCCCUCCCUCGCCUCGUUCUCCGCUUCCUAUGCCGGCUCCUAUGUCUCUGGCUCGAGCGACAGCGGCGCCAGCCCCAACAGCAUCAACGACCUCGUCUACGGUGCCGCCCAUUUCCCCACACCGCCUGAGUCCGAUGUUGCACCCUCGGCUCGCAACAUGUCCUUCUCGAUGGCUCCCCACAACGGUGCCGUCAUCAGCCCGGACGGUAGUUUCGAGCUUGGCAAUGCUUCUUAUGCGCAGUCCUAUCACGGCUCCGAUACCACUUCGCCGUAUACCCAGAACUUCAACUUCAACGCAUCAUCAUCCACCUCGCCGUUCGGUCUGCAACCUAUGCAGCUUCCACCCCAUUCAAUGGCUCCCAGCGAUACAUCUUCGCUCGCCGUCGCUCAACCACCUCAGCCCUCCGCAACCAUGUCUCAGCAGUGGAACCCAUCUUUCCUCGCGCCCAGUCACGACGCCAUGCCAUCGUCCAUGCCAGCCACCACCAACAACGUCAGCAGCGCCAGCCGCAAGAGAAGCGCUGCGGAUGCCGUAAAGCCGGCAGCAAAGAGGGCUUCGGUCGUUGCUGCCACCAAAGCAGAGCCGACCGAUGACGCUCCCAAGGCCAAGAAGGCAAAGGCGACUGUCGCAGCCGCCGAGUCCAAGGCGCCCUCGACCGGCACUGCAGCGCCCAUCAGUCACCUCAGCAGCAAGCUCCCUCACAUGGAGGUCGGCAGUAACGCGACCGCUCUUGCCGCCAUCGAGAGGCUAAAAGCCAAGCGACUCCAGGAAUCUCAAGCUGCCGCCAAGGCAGCCAGCGAACAGGCUGCAGGACUCGGUGUCGCGCAGAGUUCUGCAUCAGCGACCUCCGCCGACAAGAUCAGCCUCGAUCCCGCCACUCGCCAGCAGAAGAAGGUCGCCCACAAUGCGAUCGAGAGGAGAUACCGCAACAACAUCAACGACAGGAUCGCCGCCCUCCGUCGUGCUGUGCCGGCCUUGCGCGAGAUCCGUCCACGAAAGACGCCAUCCGGUCGCCGAAGCCGAAAGGCGCAGCAAGAGGAGGACCUUGUCGAUGGUGUUCCUGCUGCGACCAAGCUCAACAAAGCUACCAUUCUCGGCAAGGCCACUGACUACAUCAAGUACUUGAAGUCGCGAGAGCUGCGACUGAACAGCGAAGUCGCCGGUCUCCGGGAGCUCGUCCGCAGUCUCGAAGGAGGCGAGGAGCUUCUCGAGCUCUGGGAAUCCGAGAUGGAUAAGGUCGUGGCGGAACAAGAAGCCAUCGCGGCCGCCGUUGCCGCAAGAGAAGAGGAAGAAGCCGAACAGGCUGCCGGCAAUGGCGAAGCUGAGGACGAUGAUGACGAUGAUGAAGAGGCGGAUGACGACGAGAACGAGGCCGACACUGCCGAGAGUUCGUACGCCAGCGCUGGAUCCUCAUCCCCUCCGUCUGCGCGCAGCCGUCAAGGAUCCAAGGCGGGACGAGGCCGUCGCUCCGGCAUUGGUGGCGCCAUUUCUUCGGUCGCCUCCUCUCGCUACAUGCUGGCCACCUUCCUGGGGAUCAGCUUCAUCGGAUCUGGCACUGAAUUUGCUCUCGACGCUACCGCAUCCGAUGGCUCUGUUUCUGUUGCUCGUCCUGCCGUCGGAAAGCUCGCGGUCGGCGCGAGCCGUCAAUUGCUCAAGCGUUCCGCGACCUACAUGGCACCUGCUACUUCCAUCGCUCAGGAUCCUCAUGCCUUCGACGCUGUUCCCACGCAUGCCCUCGCCUUCGAAGUGCUGCGCAUCGUCUCGUUCGCCUUCUGCUUCCUCUUCCUCGUUUGGCCGAUCUUCUCCCGUCUCUUUGGCUCGCGCUCGUCGCCUUCGGGGGCACACAUCGGCGACGCCGAGGAUGGGCAAGAUGCAAGGAGCGGCAACACAACCCGCAAGCUGCGCUUGGCGUUGACCAAGGGCGAGAUGGAUGUCGCCACUUUCGACACUGCCAUGCGUGCCCGCGUCGCAGCACCUACUUCUGGCUUCUUCGCUGCGCCUUCCGUGGCCGUUGCCGCGUCGCGUCUUGCUCUCAGCCGCGUCUCCCGCGUCUACAGGCUGCUGCCUGCUGGCAAUGUGUCCAACGAGGAUGCAGCAGCUCUCUGUCGCCUCCUCGAGGUCGAGACUCUGUGUGAAGGCAAGUCGCAAUCGUCUUGGCUGCUCCGCCUCCACACGGCGCUUCGCCUCGCCAACAGCGACCUUGUCCGUGGCGCUCGCGAGAUUGCCUCGCGUGACCCUGUGUUGGCCUUGCCUCGCCUUCAGGCAACGCUCGCGCUCUCGCUCGCUCGUCUGGGUGAAGGUGUUGACUCUGUCCAGGACAUUGCCGACCAACUUUGGACGGACGCUCGAUCGAGUCUCGGCGAUGCAAUUCCUUCCUCCAGCAAAAACGCUUUGUCGCCCUCUGCGUCUGACAAAGACGAGAGCUUGAUUUACACGGAAGACGCUUCGUGGCUCUCGUUUGUGCUCUCGCUCGACCUCGACACUGCGCUCGACUUGCUGGCUUCUGCCUCGUCGGCCGACACCCGCAAUUGCGACUUUUCUCCCGUGCUUGCCAUCGCCGACGUCUAUUACUGCACACGCCUGACCGCUGUGUGGAGUCGUCUGCUGGCCAGCGUUGUGCAGGCAUCGUGCCCUUCGUCGGCCGACACCCACCCCGGUGCGCUCGUUCGUGACUUUGUAUCGCUACAAGCGAAGCAGAGGCUGGACCUGCACAUCGUCCAAGAUGCCGAGCAGCGCAAGACGCUGCACGCCGAGAUCACCUUGCUCGCCCGCACUGCUCCACCCACCCCUCGCGCUUGGCAGAUGGCUCAAGUGACGCUGGCCACCUGGUCCGCUGUGCUGGGCAACCUCGCCCUGGCCCGCCACGUCGCCUCGCUCCUCCACGAGCACCCCUUCUCCACCGAGUCCAGUGUCAAGCUGGCCAGCGUUGCAACGCUGCACACGUUCGUCGCGACCACACCGUCAGACAGCGCAGUAGCAGCGCGCGACGACCUCGACGCCAAAGCCACGCUCUUCCUUACCUGGCUCGGCUUCCUCCGCACGUUUGCCGACAGCCGUACUGACGUCGCGGGCUUGCACUCUGCCACCCUGCACGUGCGCAAGCUCGUCGCCAACAUCCCCGCCCAGGACGAGGACGAGCUGGAAGGAUGCUUGGAUGCCAUUACGGAUCUAUGCACUGCGCUGGGGAGGAGAAUCAACAGGUUGCCCGCAGAAGGCGGCUUGGCAAGGAAGAUGCUCGAUGCCGCCGAGGAGAGCGAUUCGGGAGUCGAGGUGUAG